AUGGAGCUGUAUUUUGGUGAAUAUCAACACGUGCAGCAGGAAUAUGGUGUCCACCUGAGACUCGCCAGUGACGAGGCCCAGAAGCCAAGGAAUUCCCAGCCCUCAAAGGCAGGCUCCUAUGGUGUCAGUAUUAGGGUCCAGGGAAUUGAUGGUCACCCUUACAUAGUCCUGAACAACACUGAACGGUGUCUAGCAGGUACACCUUUUCCAGAAAACGGGCCAGCGUUUGCAUCUUCAAUGAUAAAUAAUCUGUCCUUACAUCCAAGCAAUGGGACCGUGUUGAAGGAGAACAAUCCAGAGGAGCUGCAGCUUCCAGAAAACCCAUACCUGCAAACCAGCCCCAUAAGAAACCAGAAGCAGCCCCUGCUCCACGAGGGCAGGAAUGGAGUUGUAGAACGCAAAGAUGGGCCCACAAAACUACCCCACGUGCUCAACUUUCAGAGGCACCCAGAAUUGCUGCAACCCUAUGACCCUGAAAAGAAUGAGGUGACCUCAAAAAAGCAUCACCCUCCAGAGAGUCCCUGGCUGAGAAAUGCAGUAGAGGAAGGGACCAACUACAAGAAGCCUAGGAAUUGCUUCCCCAAACUUUGCGGUUCCCAGCCCAACAGCCCUACUUUGGAAGAUGUAGCCAAGACCAACACGAUGGCGAUUCGUCUCUGCAGCUCUGUGGUCAUAGAAGACCCCCAAAAGCAGACCUCAGUGUGCGUGAAUGUUCAGAGCUGCGCCAAGGAGGGGGUGGGGGAGGAGACCCUUUCCCCUCCACGGAAAUCUCCAACUGCCCCUAGCCCACAGGCUUACUCUGAAACCAAGAAAAGUAGGCCAGAUGUACUACCCUUCCGGCGACAAGAUUCCGCAGGACCCAUUCUGGAUGGAGCUCGGUCACGGAGGUCAUCUUCGUCAUCCACGACUCCCACCUCAGCUACUUCCUUGUACAGAUUUUUACUUGAUGAUCAGGAAUGCGCCAUCCAUGCUGACAAUGUCAACCGCCAUGAAAACAGAAGGUAUAUCCCCUUCUUACCAGGAACUGGGCGGGAUAUUGACACCUGCUCAAUUCCUGGUGUGGACCAGUUAAUUGAAAAAUUUGACCAAAAGCCUGGGCUUCAGAGAAGAGGAAGGUCUGGGAAGAGAAACAGGAUCAAUCCGGAGGACAGGAAAAGAUCUCGAAGCGUAGAUAGUGCCUUUCCGUUUGGUCUCCAGGGAAAUACAGAAUACCUCACAGAGUUCAGCAGGAACCUGGGCAAGUCUAGCGAACACCUCCUCCGGCCAUCCCAGGUCUUCCCGCAGAGGUCGCUGGCCCCCGAGCACCGUGGGAAGCACAGUCCAAGCUGCACACUUGCAAGGCUGCAGGGUGCCACACAGGGUGCCCACCCCAAACCUCCCCUGCAGAACAAAGAUGGGAAAGUACUGAACAAAGGAAGUCAGGAAAGCGGGGUGGCUUGUGCCUCCUCCCUUCCAGCACAGAAUAAAAAAGAGGAAGAAAUCAAAAUAGCCACUGCCACGUUGAUGUUACAGAACCGGGCCGUGGCUGCCACACCUGAUUCUGGUGCCAAGAAAAUUUCUGUGAAGACUUUUCCUUCCGACACUAAUACACAGGCCACACCAGAUCUAUUAAAGGGCCAGCAGGAGCUCACACAACAAACCAAUGAGGAGACGGCCAAGCAGAUCCUUUACAAUUAUCUCAAAGAAGGAAGCACAGACAAUGAGGAUGCCACCAAAAGGAAAGUCAACCUGGUCUUUGAGAAAAUCCAGACUUUAAAGUCUCGAGCAGCAGGGAGUGCGCAAGGCAAUAAUCAAGCUUCGAAUUUUUCCUCUGAAGUCAAAGACCUAUUGGAGCAGAAGAACAAGUUGAUCUUAGAAGUGUCUGAACUACAGAGGCAGCUACAACUGGAGGUGAAGAACCAUCAGAACAUUAAGGAGGAGAGAGAGAGAAUGCGAGAGGAUUUAGAAGAGCUACGAGGCCGGCACCAGAGCCAAAUGGAAGAGACGGCCACCCUGCAGCGACGGCUGGAGGAAAGUGAAGGCGAGCUGCGGAAGAACUUGGAAGAGCUGUUCCAGGUGAAAAUGGAGAGGGAACAGCACCAGACAGAGAUUCGAGACCUACAGGAUCAACUGUCGGAAAUGCACGAUGAACUGGACAGUACCAAGCAGUCCGAGGACAGGGAGAAAGGAGCCUUGAUCGAGGAGCUCUUGCAGGCCAAACGGGACCUUCAGGAUCUGCUCAUUGCCAAAGAGGAGCAGGAAGAUCUCUUGAGAAAGCGGGAGCGUGAACUGACCGCCUUGAAGGGUGCCUUGAAGGAAGAGGUUUCCAGCCAUGACCAGGAAAUGGAUAGGCUGAAGGAACAGUACGAUGCUGAGCUGCAGGCCCUCAGGGAGAGCGUGGAGGAGGCAACCAAGAAUGUGGAGGUCCUGGCCAGCAGGAGCAACUCAUCAGAGCAGAGCCAAGGAGAGGCAGACCUGCGUGAGAAAGUGCUGAAGGAGGAGAAUGAGAAGCUGCAGGCAAGGAUUGCAGAGCUGGAGCGCAGACUGGCCCAGCUGCAGAGGCAGAUGGAGGAUGUGAAAGAUGAUGAGGCCCAAGCAAAGGAGACACUCCGCAAGUUUGAGAGUGAAGUGCAGCAGCUAGAGCGAGCCCUUGUGCAUGCCAGACAGGAAGAAAAGGAAGCCACCUCUGCCAGAAGAGCUCUGGAGAAGGAACUGGAGCAUGCCCAGAGAGAGCUGAGCCAGACCUCCCAGGAGCAGAAGGAGCUAUUAGAGAAACUCCAGGAAGAGACUGGGCAGAAGGAGCAGCUGCAAAAGCUGAAGAACGAGAUGGAGAGCGAGCGGUGGCACCUGGACAAGACCAUUGAAAAGCUGCAGAAGGAGAUGUCGGACAUUGCAGAGGCCUCCCGAACAUCCUCUUUGCAGCUGCAGAGGCAGCUGGGUGAGUAUAAGGAGAAGAACCGCCGGGAGCUUGCUGAGAUGCAGAAUCAACUGAAGGAGAAAAGCCUGGAGGUGGAAAAGGCCAAACUGGCAGCUGUGAAAAUGCAAGAUGAGUUGCGUCUCAAGGAGGAAGAGUUGCGGGACUACCAACGGGCUGAGAAUGAAGCACUCACAAAAAGACAACUUCUGGAGCAGUCACUGAAGGAUCUGGAGUACGAGCUGGAGGCCAAGAGUCACCUCAAGGAUGACCGCAGCCGGCUCAUCAAGCAGAUGGAGGACAAGGUGUCCCAGUUGGAGAUUGAAUUGGAAGAAGAAAGAACCAAUGCUGAUUUGCUGUCUGAGAGGAUCGCUUGGAGCAGGGAACAGAUGGAACAGAUGAGGAGCGAGCUACUUCAGGAGAAAGCUGCCAAGCAAGACUUGGAGUGUGACAAGAUUUCCCUAGAGAGACAGAACAAAGACCUAAAGAGCCGGAUUGUCCACCUGGAGGGUUCCUACAGGUCCAGUAAAGAGGGCCUGGUGGUGCAGAUGGAGGCCAGGAUUGCAGAGCUGGAGGACCGACUAGAGAAUGAGGAGAGGGAUCGGGCCAACCUACAGCUCAACAACCGAAGGCUGGAGAGGAAGGUGAAGGAGCUGGUGAUGCAGGUGGAUGACGAGCAUCUGUCACUGACUGACCAGAAAGACCAGCUGAGCUUGCGCCUGAAAGCCAUGAAGCGCCAGGUGGAGGAGGCUGAAGAGGAGAUCGACAGACUGGAGAGCUCAAAGAAGAAGCUCCAGAGGGAGCUGGAGGAUCAGAUUGGAGUAAAUGAGCAGCUUCAGGGGCAGCUCAACUCUAUGAAGAAGGGCUUAAGACUUAAGACGCUGCCUAGUAAAGUACUGGAUGACUCAGACGACGACGACCUCAGCAGUGAUGGGGGAAGCCUCUACGAAGCACCACUGAGCUAUUCCUUUCCCAAAGACAGCACCCUCACCAGCCAGAUCUGAGUCCGCUUCCAGGCCUAUUGAUCCCAGAGGACUCUGAAGCCAUCCCGAGCAGGAGGUGCCAACAGGGGGCUUGUGAGUGGAGUGACACACACAGUUUCCACUUCACAUCCUCCCCAGGGCCUCCAUGUGGCUCAAUGACCUUGGAUCGUAGAUAGGGAGCUAUUGACGUUGAAAAUGACCUAAGGGGGACAUUUUGGAAAAUGCAGCUAAGACAAGCCCUGUUGUGUACCAUUGUCCGCCAUCACCCCUUCUCCUCUCCCAGCAAGGUUCCAAUAUGCCAGCUGUAAUGAGACAGCCACAUGUAGGGAUGGGAUGUAUAGACUGUACAUAUUUUAAAUCAGACCUUCUCAAGGACUGCUGCUGUCCUGCUUUAGGAUGUCCCAGAGCCUUUGGAGCGUGGCAUCUUUGUAAAGUUCACACAUCGACGUGGAUUAUCUUUUAAAAUAUGAAGCUACCAGAUCUCAAGUAUUAAAAAGCAGAGGCCAAAGGGGGAAGAGUGAAGGCUACUCUGGAAAUCAGAGGUGGUCACACAGUGGAAAGUUAGCACUGGGAAUCCGCUCAUUGUUGGUGGGGAGGGGAUUUUACCUAGGGCUGAGUCUGUGGUAAAAAUAAGUCUUGGUUGCUUAUUUUAUCUAAACCAUGCUAAGAGCACUUCCCAUUCCCCAAUUUCUUUCAAGCAGGUAGAAUAGUGAUGCAGAUGGGAUUUUUUUAGCAAGUGCUGUGCUUCUCAAAGGACUAGGGUCCUGUUGGUGUGUCUCAUUGGUCCUUUUUCUCCAUAGCUGGCCAAAAUUGGAGGAGUAGGGGGGCGCUAUGAUACGGGGACUUAGAUGCGAAGAUGAGGUGGGAGGCAUCCAGUAAGUUCACAGGGAAAGCAUAAGGGAGAUGUGGGGUGGAACUGGCGUCAGGAAUACGGAGACGUUCCUGAAAGUUAGCGAAUGUGCAAGAAGGGGAGGGGUAGUGUUGAGCUGGAGCUUGGAAUGAUGGGAAUAAGAAAAGAAUCGGGGGUGCUUGCCAGCUGAAGGUCAUUUCUGGGAAUGAGGUGACAUGAAUCCUAGAGCAAGUGCAUGAUGCCAGGGCAGCCUUGGGGAGGAUGCUAGGCAUCCCUGCACAUCUCCUGGCCUACCAAUGUCAUCGAGCAGUGAAAGGACCUUGUAAGUUGGCUAUGUAAGGCAGAGGUGACAGGAUGCUGAAGCAGGGUCCCAAAACUUCCUGAUAAGGGGACUCUUGGGGACCAGGUUGUCAAGAGCUGCCCAGUGCAGGUCACAAAGUUCACCUAGCCAGAUUUAAAGUGAAGGGAGCUGAAGCGUGAACAUUUGCUACCAGUGAACCAAGCCCUAUUAUACCUCAUGAUGGUCACUGUCUCCCUGGGCAUGGCCCUUGCCUCUGUUUCCUCAUUGGGUAUAGAGAGGUUUCUCCUUUCAGCCAUUCCUCCAUUUUACAAAUGUGUACUGUCCAUCAAAGUGUGUGGGGCACAGACUGUGGCACUGGAAACACAAUGACUAGAAGUAAAAAUGUCUGUCAGACUGGAGAUGUAGCUCAGCUAGAACAGUGCUGGACUAUCAUGCACAAAGCCCCAUCUUUAAGCCCCAGCUCUAGCAACAAGGUAUGGUGCCACAUCCCAACACUCAGGAAGUGGCGGCUGGAGAAUCAAGAGUUCAAGGUCCUUGGAUACACAUUCAGUUCCAGACCAGUUUGGGAUCUAGGAGACCCUGUCUCAAAAAACAAACCACCUCUGGCCUCCUGUAAUCUAGGAGAGUGGCUAAGUUUGACUUGCAGGCUGAACCCUCUUAUCCCCAGCCUUUGAGCCCACUGUCCUCUUGGGAACUUGAUAGCCUGCAGUUGGUUGGAUGGCCCCCCAGAACUCACAGGAAUUCUAUGGCUCCUGGGAUUUCCUCAUGCCUUCAUUAGAUACUUGCAAUAAUCCUAGAAAUGCCACAGUCUGUUCACUCCAGAGAUUCGGGAGAGAAAAAUCAAGAUGUUGAAGGGGUUUUCUGGGGUUUGACAAAAUCAGCCGGCUCUUAUUUCAGACAGUUCUUUCUGGUAGCCAUGGGGCUAGCUACAUGAAGGAUAAGAGCCCCCGAAAAACAGAGGCCACUACUGGGAAAACUUAGAGACACCCCCCUCAAAAAGGGAGGCCACAUAGGACGAGGUGCAUAUUCUCUUGCGUGGUAAUGGAGUAGGCAGCAGGUGAGGUUUGUGCAGUAUGGCUGGCCGCAUGACACUAGACUGAGAUUUAGAGAGAUGUUUUCAAGGACCAAGCUCCUCUCUUCCCUUUGGUCUUGGCAGAUAAAUGCUGGGACAAGGUGAGGAAUAGGGUUCCAGGUCCUACUCAAUCUGGCCCUGUGACCCAUUCCUCUGUUUCUUAUGUAUACAUGUUUUUCUGCUUAUUGCUUUAAGAACUAAUCCUGCUCAAGAGUAUUUUUCUUUAGCUAGCUUAAAAAUAUUUUGUGUAAACACAUGUUGCCAAAUACAACGCUGAGAUGACAAUCACUGUAUGGCUUUUAUAAUUUGUUUUCCUGCUUCAGAGUGUCGUUCUACCAUGACAAUUGGAUGUCUGUGGGGCUUUUUUCGGUAGGAUUUGGAUACUAUGCGUUGUUAUGGAGAAGAGACAUUUUUAUCACAGCUACCUCCAUGCAAGUGACUUCCUGGAUAAAGUAAGAUUUCCUUUCAAUAAACUAUCACC